CCUGCGGCGCCGAGCUGCUGGGGCUGCGGGGCCGACGGGGGAGAGGCCCGGGCCCGGGCCGAGUCUUCCCGCUCACCUCUGCCCGGCUGCUGCAGGCUGCAGCCGCACUGGGCAGGUCCGCUCCUGCCUCUCCCCCUGCCAGGCCGCUGGAGGAGGCAAUGAACUGCUCCACCGCAGCAAAGGUCUUUGCAGCCUCACAGCGCACAACUUGCCUCGCACACCCCUUCCCCGAAGGGCCAUGCAUAGCUGAGGCCACAUCCUGACUGAUCCACACGCUGAUCCACAAUCCUUCUGCCAACAGCAGAUGGGGGACAGGAGGAAGCAGACAGGAAAGGUGACAGAUCCAGCCCUGAGAGUUCCAGUUUGUCUUUAAGUUGGAAGGCAUCAGCCACCUUCAGCCUCUGUCCCAGCACAGGAAUGCUCUCAAUAUUGGUCACCGUGGGCUUUCUCUGCAGAGCCACUGCCAUUGUCCAAGAAAUGGAAGUGACUCAGCCAGCAAUGGUGCUGGCCAACAGGCAAGGAGUUGCCAACUUGGUGUGUAAAUACAAGCAUAUUGGGAAUGCAAAGGAAAUUCGAGUGACUCUGCUUAAACAGACAGGUGACCAGUUCACUGAAAUUUGUGCUUCAACCUACACAUCGGAGUUAAAAACCCUCAGUGUGGAAGAGGUCAUUCAGUGCCGUGUUAGCCCUAGCCAAAACAAUGUGACCCUCACCCUCAGUGGCCUGCAAGCUAAUGAUACUGGUCUUUACAUCUGCAAGAUGGAAAGGAUGUACCCUCCACCCUAUUUUAUGAACAAGGGAAACGGAACUCAUCUCUAUGUCACUGAUCCAGAACCUUGUCCAGACACAGCCAUGUAUCUAUGGGUAUUAGGAGCGACUGCCUCAGGACUUUUUCUUUACAGUAUCAUCAUCUCAGCCAUUCUCAUGGGCAAACUGGUAAGUCCAUCAACUCAGGCCCGUCCUGCUAAUAACACCCCUUUGUGUGAUGGGGAUAAGGAGAAAGAAAAGAGAACAGGGAAGAACACUGGGAACAAAUGCCCUGGGAUUCUCCUUUUUACUGAUGCAAUCAAUGCUGUCACAAUUAUGCAAAUUGAGACAACUUGCUGGAGCUGCCAUUUAGAUUUGUUUAUGGCUCAUUUGUGUUGCCAGAGUACCAGAAAGCAGUCAGCUCAGGUCAGCAGGACUGACCCUUGGCAGGAGCACCCUCAAAGGGCUAAAUGAAUGGCAGGAAUUUGCUUUUUGCUAAAUGGCCCCUGUAACUCCUGAUUCUCCCUCAAAUGGUCUCAGUGGGUCUUCUACAAAGAGGGGUGGAAGGAAAAGGUGUCUAAAAUACCUUCUGCUCAGGACAGGCAUAACAUUCAUCAGUUCUUUCCAAAAUGUGCUGGUCAAUGACUAUGCUGUAAUCACUUUUUUAUUUUACUGUCUUCCUGUAUUUUAUAGAUAAAGAGAAGACGAUGUCUCACUACUGGGGUCUAUGUGAAAAUGCCUUCUGAAAAGCUAGAGAAAAAAGUGAUUCCAUUCCACAUCACUGUUAACUGAAACAAGGA